AUGAACGCCAUCCAGCAAAAGUGCCGUCCGAAGCACCAGGUGCUCGUUCUAAAAUGCUAUCCACGGACUGCCAAGGGCGCCGUCGACGUUAAGCCGAACUCUAGCGAACUCAGCUACCUGCUGUUUUACGCCCAGUCACGGCGGUCCAAGAUCCAGAAAGUUGGCAGCUUCCUCGAGAAGAAGACGGCCAGCGAUGUCUGGCGCCAGCGGAUAGGGAAUGUCCAGGUCACGCUACAGAUCCUGACUGCCCUGAUCGAAAAGACGCCCAAGGACCUCCCCCUAUUCGCAUCGUGCGUUCUCCAGAUACUCGAACAGAUCCUCAAGUCUCGCGACAUCACCAUGGUGGAGUCGUCCAUUCCAACAUUCGAAGCGUUCUGUACCCACCAUGACCCGACUUCCCUCCUGGCCGACCAGGCCUACUUGCGCCAGUACCUCGACGUCGUCCAGCAGUACGCUUCUCUCGCCUCUACGCGCGCCUUCGCCGGGAAACUCGAGCCUAGCAAGCCCAUUGCCCUUCGCUGGAGAAACACGGGCCUGAAGGCCAUCAAGAGCGUUGCCUCGUCUGACAGCCUCUCUUCCGUCGCGACUCAGCAGUACGAUUUGGCCGUUCCCAUGAUUCUCGAAAACCUAUGGACUGAUAACGAGGAUUUUCUCGACGUCUUGCACCAACGGGCCGAGAUGGGGGAGAAGCUGGGUGGCGCGCUAUUGCGGAGACGGACCAGCGUUGCGACGGUGCAGACAGCCGAGAGCGAGUCCAACACGAACCCCAUCGCGCUCGCCGACACUGCCGUGGACAUGGACAAGCUGGCCGAGGAGGACACCGGGGUGUUGGCGAUGGAAUGUCUCAGACAAAUCUUUGUGGCUACAAACCGGUCACAGGUUCAUGCCGCCACGGUGGCGCUCCUCAAGUUUAUUCAGGAGCGCGUGAGCCAGCAGGAGGAGGUUGUCAGGACGGACUCUGACGGGCGUGACAGUGGCUGGGCUGUCAAGAUGUUCCUCUUAGCCGCUCGGUGGGCCCCCGUUGCUGACCGUUUCACCAUCCUCGUCACAGCGAUGGAUUCGCUCGCCCAGCAACCCCUGACCGACGAAGCUCUGCAGCAACACAUCGUACUAGCAGCCAUGAUCGGUGCGCUCCUGCGAUCCGAUAUCAACCUGAUAGGCUUGAGCGUGAUGGAUGUCCUGCUCCAGCUCAUUGCCCACAUUCGGAAGGUGGUGCAGAUGCCAGGGGAUCCGAACAGCAUGCGGAGCGAGCCGCAUCUCCCAGGGGAGCCUGAUCCCCGUGCACAAACCGUUCUUCAGUUCGCCGACAAGGCAGAGCAGGCCGUGGCUGAACGCAAAAAUGUCUUGUUGCGGCUCCAGGAAUGUAUCGGAGACUUGGCCACCCAUGUCUACUAUGCGGACCAGAUUUCCGACAUGAUUUCCACCAUCUUGCAAAAACUGAGGCCUACGAGGUCCAACAGUAUAUCGGGCUCGCCCCACGGGGACAAGUCCGACACCCCCAAAUCGUCCGUGAACGCUCUUGCUGAUGAGCAUCACGCCGAUUCUUUGUUCGCCCUCACUGUGGCCAAGAUCGCCGCACUGCGAGCCAUCAAGUCGGUCCUCCUGGUGGCCAACCCGCGGACCAAGAUGAGCGGGAAUCUUGGCCUGUCAAGGAGCCACGUCCCGAUCCAGAUUUGGGAUGGCACCCAGUGGCUGCUAAAGGACCAAGACGGCCUCGUCCGGAAGGCCUAUGCGGACGCCGUGAUGACAUGGUUGGACCGCGAGACGACGAGCGCCGAUUGGAAAGCCAGGGACGAGACGGCUCGGCCCAUGCUCAAGACCCGGGAGCUGCAAGGUGCCGCGCUCGCGAAGCGGGCCGUAUCGAGUGCUUCAGCCCGCGAAAAGCCCGUCAAGGUGCCCCGGUCGCAUUUCUUGCAGCUCCUCCACCUGGCUAUCUACGACAACGCCAUCGAUUAUAUCGACUACGAGACCGAUAUUCUGCUUCUCCACCUUUUGCUGGCGAAGCUCGUGGACAAGCUCGGCGUGAACGCCGUUCGCUACGGCCUGCCCAUGAUCUUCAGAUUGCAGGAGGAUAUCCAAGAUGCCGAAACACCGAUCCACAAAGUCCGGCUGGGAAGUUUGGUGCAUGGCUAUUUCUGGAUGCUCACCGAGAAGUUUGACUUUGAGGGGACGGUCAUAGGGCGGGCGAUCCACAACGAGAUCGUGCGGCGCCGCAGCAAGAACUUUUGGGUCGAUGGCGUCAACCUCCCGGUUCCUCUCCUCGACCUGAUUGGGACGCCGGGGACGGUCCAACGUCAGCCGAAGCUCCCAUCCGACGAGAUCGAGUCGGAGGCCCUGCUCCCCUUCGACGAGCGACUGGCGCUGGUGGAGUGCGUAUGCACGGCAUAUCAAGAGCAGACCACCUCGCCGCCGCAAAGCCCGGCCGCUAGUCCCGGCCGCAGUUUCUCGCACCCUAUGCUAGGCUCGACGACCAGCGCCAUCCCCAGUAUCGAAACGGAGCACGAGGUUCCCGAUCAUAUCCGCGAGCAGAUGCUCAGCGAGUGGACCCGCGAAGCCGUCCUCGCAGCUGUGCAAACCGCAAGCAAAACCGCAUCCCUCAGUGGGUCUCGGUCGGGGACCACGGGGACCAACCGCUUGAACGCAAACGGCGGAUUGGCAGCGAACGGGCACAACCCCAGAGCGGAAAGGUCCUCGCCGCACGGCAGUGGCACCAACCUCCGCCCGUCAACUUCGCCAAUGGGAGACGCGAUGCGCAAAUCAAGCCUCCGCGGACACUCGCCCACUCCCGCCAGCAACAACGGCGACGCCAAGGAACAAGUCACCUCUGUCGAGCAGCUCAAGCUCGUCCUGUCAGGCCACCUGCAGCCCCCACCAACCAUGCACGGUCCCACCACCUUCCAGCACGACGACUCCAGCAGCGACAGCCUCGUCAGCUACGACAUGACCCCCAGCGAACUCUCCUUCAACCCAGCCACCCUCCCCGGCGCCAUACCCGAUCACCACCACCACCACCACCACCACCAAUCUCCCCCCCAACAACGCCCCGUCUCGCGCGACCGCAAGGGCUCCGUCUCGGCCUCGGCCAGCGCCGGCGGCAGCGGCGGCCCGCUCAACUCCCACCCCACACCAGACGACAUGUACAACAACAGCGAGUACGUCAGCGCCGACGACGGCGACGAUGACGACGACGACGCCGUGCCCCCCGUCCCGCCCAUCCCCACGGGCCUGAUGGCCGAAGGCGGCGGCAGCCCCAGCGGCAGCCCUAGGGGAGGGCGCCUGCCAUCAUCGUCAUCAUCACCGUCAAGCAAGGCACAGCAGCAGCACCAGCAGCACCACGAGCGCGCGGCGGCGGCGGCGGUGGCGGCGCUGCGGCGGCCGUCGACUUCGAAGAGGAGUGUUAAGAGUAGGGGCGGUGGCGAACACCGUGCGCUGUCGAGCUCGUGGGCGUCGAUGGGCGGUGAGGAUGAGAAGGCGCCUGGGAUGGAUCUGAAUGCGUUGUUGAAGGGGAUUGAUGCGCAUGUGGGUGAGGACCAGGGGCUGGGUGGGUUUGGCGGCGUCGCGAGGCCGCCUUAUUAG